CAUGAAAAUGCGUUGCUCUCCUUUCACUAGUCGUGUAUGGGGAUAAAUGUCCAUGCAAAGUUUUUCGCGCCAGAUCUCAAUUUACCUGAAUUAGAUUCAGCAGGAGCAGCCUACAAAAAGUGCAUUUUUUAGGAUCUUGAUCUUCAAAUAUGGUGCGCCCACACAAAAGUUCUACUUUAUGCAACCAGUUCCUGGAUUGAAAUGUUUUACCCGAAGCUCUUCGACACGCACGGAUAUUCUGCAACUUGGUCCCAAUACAGAAAAUCGCAUUUGAAUCUGUUUGAUCUAUUGGUUUUCGCGUUCGAACAAAGACAAGCGCGGUCUUGGUAUCGCGCCGCGGUGACUAUCGCUUUUUAGCUUACCCCGACGAUUUGCGCAACUAGCAACAAGGUUAAAAUUGCUUGAUCACUGCCAUCCUACAGUCCAUAAACCUGAAACGCCCAGGAGAAGAAGGAGUUCGGAAGUUUAGAAACAUUUCUCACAGCAUAUUUCCCCAGUGCCCACACCUAGAUCGAUAUUUUCGCCGAUAGAUAUUUCACCUCGUGAAGUUCUCAAAUCGUGGUAAUUGCAUCGUCCUCCCGUUUUUUAAAAAAAGUUUUACUUUUCCUCCCUCCGGUGUUUUUUUCGAAUUGAAAACACUUGAAAAUGUCGAGCGAUCGCAGUGACGACGGCCAGGAAAACCAGGAGCAGUUUACCCUGGAAAACCCGGAUGUGUGCACAAAAUACAGAACGGCGGCGGACAUCGCCAACAAGGCACUGCAGGUCGUCCUGGGCGCGUGCAAGGAGGGAGUGGAGGUCUUCGACCUCUGCAGACUCGGUAAGAGAUGAUUCAAGUAGCAGGAGUGGGCGCAUUUGAUGCCCUUCUCGAAAAGAUUUUUUCCUUGCUGAUCCUGUUUCAAGUACGUUUCCUUGUUCGUAUGGGCAUGAACAAGAGAUACUUUUCAACACGGGAAAACUUACAUGAAAAUGUCUCCACAACAGGCGACGACACGAUUCUGGAGGAAACAGGGAAGGUAUACAACAAAAAGGUGAAAAAAACCGAGGAAGCUGAAGAGAAAGACUCCAAGAACAAAAAGCAGGAUGCGGGAAAAAAGAUGGAAAAAGGUAAUUACAACUAGGCAUAAUGUUCGUAUUCCAUGUCAAUUGCAAUUCUAGCAUUGAGCUCUGAGUCUGACUGGUGUUGCGUUGAUGUUGAUCCGGAAACCGGAAAUUGAAAUUGAAUGCGAAUUUACAGGCAUUGGGUUCCCGACGUGCGUGAGCGUGAACGAGAUUGCGGGCCACAUGAGUCCACUGAAGGGCGAAUCCAAGCCGCUCCGCAGCGGAGACAUCGUCAAAGUCGACCUUGGUGUGCAGAUCGACGGCUUUAUCGCUCAGGUCGCGCACACCAUUCUGCUCCCGCCUGGUACUUACUGUUACCUGAUUUUGUAUGUAAAUGUACGUAUUGCUUUUCUGCUGCCCCCGGAUUAUCUCUCGUGAUAGCGCUAGCAGCAGCAGCAGGCCCUCCACAGAUUACAACGAAAAAAUCAGGUGAGGGAGACUCUCCAAGCCAAAAGGGACAGUUGAACGAAGCCGGAAAGGUCGCGGAUCGCCGAGCGGAUGUCGUCCAAGCCGCCUACACCGCCGCAGAAGCUGCUGUCAGAAUGAUGCAGGUGUGAUAUUUAAACGAUGUGCAAUUGGAGGGUUUUAAUUAUCGUCUGGUGUGGUGAUAUGACACGGAGACGCGCAACAUUGUGCUUCUUGGAAUACCAAGUCCAGUGAUUUUGGAAAUGAUUUUUUUUCGCCUUACGAUGUUCGACAAAAAUCAAAAUGAAAUAUAAUUACCUCCAGGUCGGCAACAAAAACACCCAAGUUACCCAAGUCAUCCAGAAAUCCGCCGAUGAAUUCAAGUGCCAACCGGUCGCAGGUACGAUUUUUUUGGACGAACUUGCAUUGUGCCAUUCAUUUUGUUUGCACUAGAAGCGAGAAGAGUCUGUUUCUUCUUGUUGUCGCCUCUGUGUAAACUUGUUGUGGAAAAAAACUUUUCUUUUUUGGAAAAAACAGGCGUCCUCUCUCACUUGCUGAAGCGUCACGUAAUUGACGACGAGAAGACGAUUUUGGGAAAAGAAACCGACACCGACAAGGUCGACGAGUUCGAAUUCGAAGUCAACCAGGCCUACACCCUGGAUCUUAUGCUCUCCUCCGGCGAUGGAAAGACCAAGGAAAUGGAGUGCCGACACACCGUAUUAUCCAGUUGCAUUUCCGAGAUGUGCUUCGGCUUCGUGUGUUUGAUGCAAUUGCAUGCUUUCUUGUUUGCAUGAGAAAAAAGCUAAGCAGGAGUCCACCUCGAUGGACGAGUAAGUAGUUUUCUCAUCACGUCGAAGGUGCGAUAGCUUUGUUUUGCAUAACUACGCCACAUUCAUUCUUGCAAUUUGGAAUUCCUGCAUCGACUGAAACUACAGGUCUACAAGCGCGCCCAGGAAAACCAGUACAUUUUGAAGACGACAAAGGCCAGACAGUUUAUUUCCGAGGUCGGCAAGCGGUUCCCGUCUUUGCCCUUCUCCCUCGCCAAUAUUGAGGACGAGCAGUGCGCUCGGGUGGGUGUUUCCGAGGCGAAGCGCCACCAAUUGUUGCACGAGUACCCAGUCUUGGCGGAGCGCCCGGGAGAAUACAUCGCCCAGUUCAAAUUCACCGUCUUGCUGCUGCCAGGUAAGGAAUUUUGGAUUUCUUGUUGAAAUCGAUGAACAAGAACAUAAUCUUUGGCAGCGCCUUGCUAUUCCUUUACUUCACUCCAUUUUUGCUCCGCAUGGUGUGUCACGCCCGAUCAUUUUUUCAUUCCACCUUUUUACCAUCAUUUGACAGGCGGCACCAAGAAGAUCACCGGCAUCCCGUUUGCUCAGUCGGAUGUGUUGGAAUCUGGGUACACCGUUGAGGACGAAGGCCUUAAGAAAUUGCUCACCCAGUCGGUCGCCCCGAGGAAAAAGCGCGCCAACAAGAAGAAGGCUGGUGGCGAGGAAGCCCCCGCUGCCGCCGCGUAAGACGCAGUUGCAGUAGUACCGCAGCACGACACAGAAGUAAGAUUUCUACAUCAAGGCAGUACGAUACCUCCGUCAGUUCAUUUUCAGUUAGAACGCUGCUCUCAAAGGAAAGAAAGAAGUUGAAGCAGUGAGCUUUGGUUCUCUGUACGAAGAGAAAAAAAAAGCUUACAAAGGCAACUUCUUAGUCCCUUCAUUUGUUUAAAAUCGAUUUUCUACUACUGCAAUUCGCUACACUUCAUCUCUCUAUCUAAAUGCUAGGACACCUGGUCUCUCGUCUCUUUUUCUAGAUGAUAUCAAGGCACGAAACCUUUGGAUGAAAAACGUUUCCGUCAGCAGGUCUAGAUCUGGUGUGCGAUAUAUGAGACAACUUCAAACGAAAGGAGUAUUCCGCAGAAAAAUGAACCUGAAUGCCACCUGCUUUUCUCAGCUGAAUUUCUAAGAAUCUUUUUGUGAAAUAUGUAAAAACGGAUAGGAAAAACUACGACCAUCGUUUUUGAAGUAUAUCGCGACUGGGUCAACAAUGCCAUCCAGGACACCACUGGUGGCGUUGUUUACAGUCUGCUGGAUUCGCAAGCUCGGAAAAAAAUCCGCAAACUACUGCGACCAAGGCUACUUUUACACUUCCAUACAAGUACAACUCGCAAGACUUUCAAACGACCAGCGAACAAGGAGCUAUACCGCGAGACGGCUCUCGUUAUAUGAACCUUGAUGAUAUGAUUUUCUUCGCAGUCACCGGCACGCUCGCAACGCAACCAAAACAAGAAGUAGAUUUAAGCUCAUGAAGUCAAGUUUCAAAAAAAUCAAAG